UUCUAGACUUCUAGCCGCGAAAUUAGUUAUGCACGUGAUUGACAACGUGUUCCUCCUAUUAAAAAACAAGUUUUUUCCCUUUUUUUCUAACCUUUCACUAAUGUUGGUUAUUCUGUCUGGUUUGAUCGAUUAAAAUCUUGAUUUUGUUUAUCAUUUGACUCGCCAUAAAACGUGUGUUGGCUGUCAUGAGUGUGUCUGUUGAACAUUGUCUCGAAACCAGUUUUAAUUGAGUGACAAACAAGGCAAUAGUUUCGUCUCUAAUAAACCAGUUACAGCAAAUAUGACGACUCUACAGGAAAUAUUCGAAAUUCUUAAAGAUCUCAAGCAAAACUUGAUAACUGUUCAUGGACCCAAUCCAGUUUUCCCACACCCAAACAAGGAGGAAACCCUGGCCCGAAUAGAGGAUUACAUUAUCCUUGUUGUGGCAGCCAUAAGUCGUGGGGAUUGGCCGUUGCAGUUGCCGAUUCACGGCAGUGACGAGAUGAUGACCUGGAAAUUGGCCAAACAACGACGUAAAUGCUUGCUUCUAUUCCACCUACUAGCCAAGUCCCAUGCACUUUUGCGAACCAACACCACAUCCACCAAACGGGAUAUCUACUACGAAGACGUCUCGUUAUGGGGGAGCCAACCGGUACUGGACAGCAUGGUAACCCAGAUGACAAAACUGCUGAAUAUUCCUCGAUGCUGUCUCAAUAUUGGUGCCACUUCUAAAGGAUUGGUGGCAGGUUCUCUCAACUUUCUCGAUGGCGAUGGCAAGCUCAUUGAUUGCCAAACACCAACUGGGAUUUUGAUACCAAACGAUGUCGAAAAACUUUCUCAAUUCCGGUCUAAAGCUCACCUCGUUUUGGUGGUGGAAAAAGACAGUACGUUCCAGAAACUGAUUGACGAUAAGAUCGAACGCUUCAUCGGUGACUGCAUCCUCAUUACGGGAAAAGGUUAUCCGGACGUCAACACUCGCCGCUUCUUGCGUCGCUUGUGGGAUGAGCUGCAACUUCCCCCUUUGGCGUUGGUGGAUGCAGAUCCUCACGGCAUCUCCAUUCUCGCUGUUUAUCGAUUCGGAAGUCAAAAUUUGGAAGACAUUGAACACUUGUCCACGCCUCAACUGAGAUAUAUCGGUCUUCAGCCAAGCGAUAUUGAGGCUUUGCAGAUUCCCGACGAGGCCAAAUUGCCACUAACCCAACGCGAUCGAUCCCUUGUCGACACCCUGGCCAGCCGUCCCUUUAUAACUCAAAAUCAACUUCUCCACGAUCAGCUGCUUAGAUUGCGCCGAUUGGAUUGCAAGGUUGAAAUCCAGGGUCUGACGAAAAUCCACCCGCAGUUUCUCUCCCGCACCUACCUACCGGCAAAGAUCCAGUCCAUGUCGUGGAUGUGAAAACCUGGAAACCUACAAACAUUUCUUUUCUUUGACUUUUUCCCCGUUUUUUCUUUAGUUUCGUUUCGCGCAGCUGACGACAAUAAAACGACACCGUCACUCUCGCAAGAUUUACCGACAUCUUAUUACUUUCCCUGAAAGGGCGUGAGUGGCAGUGUUAGUAUAAAUAGCUGCCUCCUAUAGUGGCCCAGUGACGAUUUUUUUAACUUGAACUACUAACAAGUACUUGGAAUUCUAUGCAAGCAAACCCAUCAGCUAGUGAGAUUUCUGCAAGCCAGUCCAAAGGCGAUAUGCACUACUUUGAGUCUGAUUGGUCUGCUUGUGUAAAAAAAGAAAUCCCAUUGUUAAAGUUCGAAUCGCUUGUCUUAAAAAAAAAAAAAGAAAAGGGGGAAGAAAGAAUGCAAUCAAACCGAGUAGCAAACGGCCAUGACUGUGAAGGAAUUGCGCACGGGAAUGGGAAAGAGCACGAGCUCGAGAAAACUCGUAAAACAUGAACCCAUACUUUUGUCUCUCUCUCUCUCACUGCUGCUGCUACUACUACUGUCCUGUGUCUUCUCACUACCCCCCUAUUGCUUGGUUGAACAUGAACAUCAAAAAAGAUUUGUUUCGUUUCUCGAUUUAAGGCGAUUGGGAUCGUAACCCAGUGGGCCAACAGACAGCAAGCAGAUAUUACGGGCGGAAGGCAGUUCAGACAUCUCUCUUUUCUCUCUCUCUCUCGCUUUUAUAUUUUUUGUCGCAUAAGAAGAAUGGGAAAGAAGAUGGGAGGGAAGCGAAGAGUUCUGUGGCCCUUUUAGUACUUAUUUCCAUUGUUCCAGUCGGUGGAGGAUGCUCAAGUGGACUACGAGUGAGAAAAAGGAGGAAGCAGAGGGGGGAUAGAAGUUGCCACUCGAUCCACAGUCGUCAGACUCCCCUAGUAAGUCUCCAUCCCUAUUAUUUUUAUUUUUUUGUUCCAUAAAAAGAGAUAGAGGGAGGGAACCGAUUGCAGAGGAAGACGAAGAAUGAGCUAUCCUUCAUAGAUGAAGCGCAGGAAAAACGAGAAGAAUCUCUUUUGGGUCAGAUAGGAAUCUUGGAGUGGGUAGGGAUUGCCUUCUUAUUCCUCCUCCCAAACAGAAAUCCAUCUACACGUUAAGCCAUCGAGUAGUUACGUAUAGAACAAUGAUAUAAGAAUAAUAAGAAAUCCUUGGCGCUCGUUCUGCCAAACUCUUUUCUCUCCUUUCGGCCGAGGAUCUUCUCGCUCGUGAUCCUCUUUCAUUUCUUGUUUCUAUGUAUCGUCAGCUGCGCAUUUCAACGUCAGAGACCCACCAGGACUGGGCUGCCGAGACUGCCGCCGUCUCUAUAUACGCAUUGUAAUAAGGGAAUAUCGAUUUGGAAGGAUUGUUUGGCUGAGUGUAUGGAUAGCUAGCUACUCUACACAGUCGAGAUAUUCUAUAUACAGAUAUACAUAGUAUAAAGUCUCAACCGAGCUCUGCACAUAUAUUUGCUGGGGCAUUCGCAGCCUUUGAAAUAGGGAGACCCUGCGGUGCCAUUAAAUAUUCAUCAUUGCCAUCUCCAGCCCUUUAAUGGUUACUCUUUCUCUUUUCCCUGCUGUUUGCGCGCAUCAUCCAGCUUAAGAAGUAGGACCUGUUGGCGACAUCAUAAUGGCAAGUCGGCCCAUUUCCUUUAUAGCUUCGAUCCUUUUUUUCUUCUUCCCCUCCGCAAAUUGCCCCAACGUCAAUUAUUGGAAGCCCCCUCUACUCCUCCAUCUAUUUUGUUUUUUCUUUGAAUUUCCUCCCGACUCUUUUAGCGCGCUAGGAAUAACCCAGCAAAUAACUCAGAUCUGAGUGCUGCUGCAUGUUGCAUGGAAAUGAGGUGAUAGACUCUUGUGCGAACGGGAGCACUUUUGCGGCGCUGGCUGGAAAAGCGCAAGGAUUUCCAGGAGGAUACCAUUUGAAGAGGGUGGUGGUGGGGAGAGAGAGGUAGGAGCGACGCUUGCGCAUUUGCCCGGUCAAAAGGAAGUGUAACGCAAAAAGAAGCGGCCAACUCCCGAAGAACCCCCUCUGUGUACUACGCGACGGGACCUCUAUAAACAGCCCUCGUUUGUCGGCUUCCAGUCGAGAGAGGAAGCUGAGCGCCAUGCAGCACUACCAUGACAUCUCCUCCGACACUCUCGCCCGUUACUCUCAGAGCCCAGUAGGUAUCGCACCAGCCCAAGAAAAUCGCAGAUGAGUUUUUACCAAGGUGUGAUCGUUAAAUAGCGCAAAAAGAGACAGUGUCUGUCACGCCGAGUGCGCCGAGUCAUCAAAAUCCAAUAGGCCACAGCAUCCGUUGGCGAGGAAAUCCGCAGGAUCAACAAGUGCCAACCGCUUCGCUGCUGGACACACGGGAGUCGCGCCGCCCUUUCUUUUUGAAUUGUUGCUUCGCAUGUCGCCGGAAUAAAAAAGAAGAAGAAGAGGCGACUGUCUCGUUCAAUUCCCAUCUUUGAGCAACCGGUUAUAUACAUCUCCGUGUGCUGCGCCAGUGUGUGUGUGUAUUUUGGAUCGUGUGUGGAAAGUGUGAGCUCCUAGUCUCAACUUGACGCUCAAUAGUUUGUGGAUCUUCACACGCUCUCCCAUGAGUGCCUCGGGGAAGAGCCAUUCUAUAAGCGGCUAGUGAACAAAAAGAAAAACAAAAAAAAGUUUCAGCAACUCUUUAUCUUCUUCUCUUGUCGAUCCCAGGCGGCAUUUUUUCAAAAAAAUUCAAACCGGAUAAUACGCACAACGGCACAAAGGCGUGAAGGAAAAACAGGAGCGGAAACAAUUUGGUCGAUCCCGGUGGAUCGGGUUUGGAUGAAAAACGUUGCGGAAGGAGGAAGUUUGAAGUUAUGAAUCAACUCCGUCAUGGAUGAUCAAGGCGGCAGUAUUCAAAUUGUCGUGACGCCCAAUUGUCCUGCGACGGAGAGUUUUCUCGACGGCGGUCAAGAGAAUGCGGACCCUAAUCAAGAAAGUUCGCCGUGCUUGCUGGAUCCGACCGCCACUGCGGCUGGAUCAACCGACUGCAGCCGAUCCGUCAUCAGCCACGGGUCCAGCAACAUCAGCUACCAGCAGCGACAACGACGGGCUCAGUGGAAAGGCAUUGGAACCACUUGCAUGUGGAACGCCUUUCGGGCCAGCUUCUUUGGUCUCCUUUUGCUGGUCUCCGGAUGCAUCGUCGUCCUUGUCGGAUUCUACUCGGAGUUUCCUUCGAUCGAAAUCGCCGUCAACUUUAACCAAACCGUUUCCUUGGUCGAUCCAGAGUCGCAGAAACGUCGAGUCAAGUCCUCCUAUUCCUACAUUGGACCUGUUCUCAUCGGAAUCGGUGUUUUCGUGCUGAUUGGCGUGGGCGUGGCCACGAUGGAGAUGCGAGACAUGACGGCCAAAGUGUUCCCGCUGACGAAACGGCCCUACAAGAAAACCAAGUUGACUUCGGAGGCGCUUGGCACCAUGUUCCAAACUCCAACGCAGCGGAUCAUGAAAGAAAUGAGCGCCAAAGAUAAACGGCCGGAACGUCAAACGAGCUUCCGCACUGUUGCAACGCAGACAUUUCGAACUCGCCUGUGGCCUUGGUCAAGGCUCAGGCCGUCGUCGGGUCGUUUCGUGUUUCACGGCAGAAUUGUUUUGAGGUCCUGCCAUCAACUUUCCACGCCCAAAAGCCAACAGAGUGUCAUCCUUCCACAGACUUCCAUCUGCAAACGUGGGCGUCGAUCCCGCUGUCGGCGUCGACGAAUGUUACUGAUCCACUCCAUGGCGGCCGACUCGCUGUCCGCUUCUUGUCCCCAGCUCGACACUGUUAGCUAAUCAGAGUAAUCACUCUGUGCUGGACUGGAAUGGACUAUACUAAUUGUUGUUGUUGCUGCUGCUACUGCCCGUCUGUUCCUGCUGCUCUUGUUUGUUGACUGUCGCCAUUAUAGCUCAAUAUCAGCCUGUCCAGACAUUUUUGGACGGUCAGCGCGUCUCUUUUAGCCUACGCCAUUCCUCUCGCAUAACUAUAAAGACUGGGGCUGUAGACUUAUACUACGUACAUUGGAUCUCCAUCGCUUUUUUUAUGUCUUUCCUAUAUAAGAAUAGCUGAUGAUGCCGAGAUGUUCCAGGAAUAGAGAGCGCGACUCUCAUUCCAAAUUUGAUUUAUAUUUUUUAAUCAAGAGAAAGCUCCUCGGUGACGACCUCUCCCUCGCCGCCGGACGACAAUGCAAAUAAACAAAAGUCAACAGAAGCUGAAGAACAAAAGGAAAAUUUGCCGGACAGCAAAUUUUUUUUUCCUCUCUCCCCCCGACAAGCGCAAGUGAACUGGACUUAAUAAAAGACUUGAGCCAAAAGAGUACAGCAUUCCUCACGUGCUGGCUCAGCGCCUUUCGACUCCGCCAUAUUUUUGUUUACUUUUUUUUUUUACAAAACCGGCAAAAUGUUUCUUCUUUUAGAAUCUAGACGGAAUUUUAUUUUGUAAACAGCCAAAAUCUGGCUUAACGUCGUGGUACGUAUCAUGGUCGAUCAAUAAACUGGGAUUGACGGACGGAAUAGACUUUUAUGCGAGCU